AAAGAAAAAAAAAGGAGGAAGAAGCAGCGGGGACGCAGUUACACACCACAGCUCGCCCCGCAGAGGACAUACUGACUCUAAACGCUCUCUUAUUCCACUUUGGGGACCGUCUGCUGGGAUCUAACUCAGGUGGAACUCUACUGGUUCACUUUUCUUCACAGCUUCAACGCAUGGCGGCGUGGGACUUGUCCAUAACGGUGGAGGACCUGGGUGAUGAGGUCCCGCCUGUCAGCCUCAGUGUGACCUCUGACCUCCACGUGGGCGGCGUCAUCCUCAAGCUGGUGGAGAAGACACAGAUCCAGCGUGACUGGUCGGAUCACGCUUUGUGGUGGCAUCAAAAGCAAAAAUGGCUGCUGCGGACGUCCUGGACUCUGGAUAAAUACGGCAUCCACGCCGACGCUCGUCUCCUCUUCCUACCCCAACACAAGCCCCUAAGGCUGGGCCUGCCCAACGGCGCCACCCUGAGGCUUUGUGCCUGCUUCUCCAACCCCGUCUUCCAGACGGUGAUGGGCAUCUGCAGACUACUCAACAUCCGCCACCCGGAGGAGCUCUCCCUGCUUCGGCCCGUGGAAGAGAAGAAAAAGAAGAAGGACAAAGGCUCGGCGGAGGAGAUUUUGGACCUGACGACGGUGCCCCUUUCCUCAGCGUCCAGACCCAGUUUGUACAACGGCAUGCCGGCACAUUUCAUGGGCUCGCCCGAGAUGGAGGCGAUCUACAAGAUGUUGUCCGUCCCCCAGCCUCUCCCUGCCCCCGAGGUCAUAACCAAGCAGUACCGGCCAGCCAGCGUGGUGGACAAGGCCCACAUCCACGGCAGGUGGUUGGAUUCAUCCCGAUGUCUGAUGCAGCAGGGCAUCCAAGACAACGACAGACUGUGGCUUCGCUUCAAGUAUUUUGCCUUCUAUGACAUCGAGCCUAAGUAUGACCCGGUGCGUCUGACCCAGCUGUACGAGCAGGCUCGCUGGGCCAUUCUUCUGGAAGAUAUCGACUGCACGGAGGAGGAGAUGAUGCUUUUUGCAGCUUUGCAGUACCACAUUAGCAAGGUGUCCCAGUCAGAGCCCCAGACCACCGCCUCGUCCGCGGCCAUGGACGACCUGGACUUGGCACUCCAGUCCCUGGAGGUGAAGAUGGAGGGCGAGGGCAGCUCCGCCUCGGAGAUGCUGGAUAACAUGAGCGCGCCCGAGCUCAGCGAUUACCUGAAGAUCUUCAGGCCAAAGAGGUUGACUCUGAAAGGAUACAAGCAGUACUGGUUCAAGUUCCAGGACACCGGCAUCUCUUAUUUCAAGAGCAAAGAGGAAAGCUUUGGAGAGCCCAUUCAACAGAUUAACCUCAAAGGCUGUGAGGUGGCACCGGAGGUCACCAUGGCAGCUCAGAAGUUCCUCAUCAGGCUCCUGAUACCAGCGCCCGAGGGAAUGAGCGAAGUCUAUCUUCGUUGUGAAAAUGAGGAGCAGUACGCUCGCUGGAUGGCCGCCUGCCGCCUGGCCUCCAAGGGCAAAAGUCUGGCGGACAGCAGCUUCCAGAGCGAGAUACGCGGCAUCCGCUCCUUCCUCGCCAUGCAGAACACGGGCUCCGGUUGCCACGGCAACGCCAAGGCGUCGGACGAAAGCAUCAACACCCAAAGCUUGGUGUCGCCGCGCUACCAUAAGAAGUACAAAACUAAACAGCUAGCGCCUCGUAUCCUGGACGCCUACCAGAACGUGGGUCAGCUCUCGUUGGUGGAUGCGGUCGCACGCUUCCUGCAGAUCUGGCAGGCGCUUCCUGACUUUGGCCACUCCUACGUCGUAGUCAGGUUUAAAGGUAGUCGUAAAGAUGAGGUCCUGGGCAUUGCCCCUAACCGUCUGAUCCGCAUCGACCUGGGCGUGGGCGACGUGGUGAAGACCUGGCGCUACAACAACAUGAAGCAGUGGAAUGUCAACUGGGACAUAAAACAGGUGGCCAUCGAGUUCGAAGGCAACAUCAACAUCGCCUUCAGCUGCGUGACGGCCGACUGCAAAAUAGUGCACGAGUUCAUCGGGGGAUACAUCUUCAUGUCCACGCGGGGUCGCGACAGCAGCGACCAGCUCAACCAGGAGCUCUUCCACAAGCUGACGGGCGGAAACGAAGCGCUAUAAUAAGACACAAAGCGCCACAAAAAAGGGACACGUUUCCCAAUGGAGGACCGUCAUGGCACUGAACUUUGCAGUCAAGUGAAGACUUACCUCAGUGUCGCUAAAUAGUAGAAGAACAAAAAUACACAGCGUUUACCACGUACAUUUUUAAUCAAAUUAACCGAGUGUGUUCACACUGUGUUUUCCCGGGCAUGCAGCAUUUUCACACAAUAAUAUUCUGUCUUCAUUCAUAUGUUGGUAAAUAAAAGCAUGUUUUUGUUGUGUCUGUUGAGCC